AUGGGCAAUCACUUCGCCAUACCUCUCGGUUUCGAGAAUAUCCUCAUUCGUUGUUGGAAUUCCACUGUUGGACAGGCUAAUCACGUAUGCAAGGUUAAACAAACUCUUCCAGCUUUGUCUACUGCUCUUGAUGAACUGAAGGCACGGAGGAAUGACCUGCAACGGGAGGUUGUUUUGGCCGAACAACGGCAACUGAACCGACUCGAUCAAGUUCAGCUAUGGCUUUCGAAAGCAGAAACUAUGAUAACAGAGGCGGAAAAUCUGAUUGCAGAUGGCCCUCAACAAAUAAAUAACUUGUGUCUCGGCGGUUGCCUCUCCAAGAAUUGCCUGUCUACCUACAAGUUUGGGAAAAAGGUGGCCAAAAUGCUUCAAGACAUAAGGGAUCACAUGAGUAAAGGAGUUUUUGAUAGGGUAGCAGAGACUCAGCCAGCAUCUUCAGUUGUAGUAAGACCUGAGGAUCGGACAGUUGCUCUUGAAUCCACCAUCGACAAGGUAUGGAGCUGUAUCAUGGACAACGAUGUGGGGAUCAUUGGCCUCUACGGCACAGGAGGCGUUGGAAAGACAACACUCUUGACCCAAAUCAACAACAAGUUCAGCACAACACCACAGGGUUUCGAUAUUAUAAUCUGGUCGCUGGUGUCUAAAGAUUACAAUUUUGGGAAGAUUCAAGAUGAGAUUGGUGGGAAAAUUGGGUUUUCGGAUGAAUCUUGGAAAAAUAGAAGUGUUGACCAAAAAGCUGAAGAUAUCUAUGGAGUCUUGCGCCAAAAGAGAUUUGUUGUAUUAUUGGAUGAUCUAUGGGAGAGGGUGGAUUUGAACAAAGUUGGGAUUCCAAAACCAACCCAAGAAAAUGGUUCCAAACUAAUUUUCACCACUCGAUUAAAAGAGGUUUGUGGCGAAAUGGAAGCUCGAUAUAAAAUUAAAGAGUGUGGUGGACUGCCUCUUGCACUGAUUACGAUCGGCCGUGCCAUGGCUUGCAAGACAACACCUGGGGAAUGGAAAUAUGCAAUUGAGAAGUUGAAGCGAUCGGCGUUACACAAAAUGGAAAAUGAGGUAUUUCCGCUUUUAAAAUUCAGUUAUGAUUAUCUAGAUCCCACAAUGAAAUGUUGCCUCCUAUACUCCUGUCUGUAUCCUGAAGAUUAUAAUAUUCCCAAAAUGAGAUUAGUGGAGUAUUGGUUUUGUGAAGGGUUGUUGAAUGAAUUUGAUAGGAUUAGUGAUGCUCAAAAGCAAGGACACAACAUUAUUGGCUCUCUUCUCAGUGCCUGUUUACUGGAAAGAGAUGGAGAAUAUUGUGUGAAGAUGCAUGAUGUGAUCCGAGACAUGGGUUUGUGGAUAGCAUGCGAGCUUGAAGAGAAAGAGAAGAGUUUCUUUGUAAAAGAACGUGCUCAAUUACUAGAGGAGCCAAAUGUUAAGGCAUGGGAAGGUGCAAAAAGAGUGUCGGUGAUGAAAAAUAAGAUUAAAGUUCUGAGAGGAACCCCUAAAUGCCCUAGCCUUCGAACUUUGUUUCUUACCCAAAAUAAGCUGCAGGUGAUCAAUGAUGGCUUCUUUCAGUUUAUGCCUCAUCUAACUGUUUUGGAUUUGUCGCGGAACAUAGAUUUAAAAGCACUACCAAAGGGAAUUUCACGAUUGAUUUCUCUAGAAUGUCUUGAUCUAUCUGGAACUGGUAUAACAGAGUUGCCAAUGGAAAUGACAUUCUUAACCAAACUGAAAAUGUUGGACUUGAGUGUCAUGUUUCAUCUCGAAAGAAUCCCACAGAAUUUGAUAUCUAGUUUUUCCAUGUUGCAAAUAUUCAGGUUGGGGAUUGACGUGGCUGUAAGAGGAGGUUUCCCGAAGGAAGACAAUGUUCUGGAUGGGAAUGAUAAUGAAAAGCUUAUAGUGGAAUUGAAAAGUCUGCAACAUCUGAAUAUAUUAAGGAUACCAGAGAUACAAAGCAUGUCUGCUCUACAAAGUUUUCUAAGCCACCACUUGUUUCGAUGCAGCACCGAAGCACUAGAGUUGUGGUAUUUUAGGGAGACAAAUGUGUUUAAUGUUUUAUGUUUAGAAAACAUGGAGCGUCUGGAGAGGUUAGCUAUCUAUGGCUGUGGAAACAUGGAGGAGAUGAAAAUGGAAAAACUGCAUACCAGGGGUUCUCCGAGUACUAAUUACACUUCAGGCUUCCACACAUUGACAGGAGUUAGAAUUUCUAGUUGUUACAAAUUGAAGGACGUUACCUGGCUGUUUCUUGCUCCAAAUCUCAGGUCUCUUUCGAUAGCUGGGUGUGCAAAAAUGGAAGAAAUACUGAGCGAGGGAAGACUCGGAGAUGUUGCAGAUGUGGUGGGAAUUCCAUACCCUACACCAUUUCUGAACCUUCAUACACUUCGUCUAUAUAGACUACCGGAAUUGAAGAGCAUAUACUGGGAUGCCCUACCCUUCCCAUGUCUGAAAAGUGUUUAUAUAGAGGACUGUCCAAAACUGAAGAAGCUUCCUCUCAACUCUGACAGUGCAAAAGGGAAUCACAUCACCAUUAGGGGAUUCCAAGACUGGUGGGAACAGCUAGAAUGGGAGAAUGAAGCCACUCGAAAUGCUUUUAUGCCAUCUUUUCAAGAGCCUUUUCACGGAAGAAAUCUAUUGUGA